AGAGAGAGUGAAAGGAGCCAGGUAAGGAACGAUGAAAAAGCAAGAGGAGAAUAGAAAAGAAGCCAGAAAAUAAAAAAAAUAAAAAAGAAAAAAAGGUAGCUACUGAAAUUGCCCUCUGCUGCUCUAGAUAAAAAGAAGAGCAUGGGAAGAAGAAGAAGAAGAAGAAGCGGCGGCUGCAGUGUGGCUUAAAAAGCAGGAGUGGAAAAGAAAAUAAAUAAAAGAAAAAAAGAAAAAGGAACGAAAUGAUGCCUCAUGAACUGAUGAAAAGGUUAAGGAUUGCUAACACAAUGUCAUCGUCGAUGGUGGCAAGCCUUCUCCUCCUGCUUAUUUGUGCAGGGUCCACGCUAGCCAUCUGUCCACCGAUGUGUUCUUGUGGCAGGGGCCACCGAAUAGUGGACUGCUCUGCCCGAGGUCUCAGCCUACUGCCGGACAGCCUGCAGCACAACAUCCAUUUCCUCAAUUUGUCACACAACCGACUGCAGAAUCUGGAUGGGCUCCUAAGCCACUUUGGCCACCUAAGAACUCUGGAUAUUUCCCAUAACCGCCUUCGCCACCUUCCGGCCGGUCUGCCUAGGGCGCUGUGGGAUGUCGAUGUUUCAAGCAAUCACAUUCUGCAACUGGAGAAGAACGACACUGCUUACCACUGGAACCUACAGUCUCUAGACCUUUCUAACAACCAGCUGGAGCGAGUGGUCUUCAUUAACAACACAUUACCAAGUCUGCAAGCUUUGAACCUCAGCCACAACAAGUUCUGGACCGUGCCCACAAAUAUGCCCCACAACCUGGAGAUGGCGGACCUCUCCCACAACUUCCUGCUGCAGAUCUUGCCCGGCUCUCUGGAUCGCCUGCCUCGGCUGUCGCGAUUUUACCUGCAUGCUAACCGCUUUGCUUCGCUGAGCGAGGGCGUGUUCAAUCGAUUGGAAUCGCUGCAGCUCCUUACCCUGGGGGAUAACCCCUGGGCCUGUGAGGACGAGGAAAACAUAACCCACCUGCUGCACUGGGUGCAUCAGACCCCCGCCAAAGUUCUGGGCUGCCCGUGCUACAUCAGACCCACUUGUGGGGAGGCUCACCUGGCCACCAGCAGAACCUGGCAUUCAGCCUCUUAUACUGAGCCUCCACUGGGUGCUGACACUCGCGGCUCCGGGCACAGAACACCCCUACAUGCGGUCACCUCGGGGUAUCUGUCCAAAUCAGCAAUGCUCAACCUGCCACACAACCGUAGCGUUGGGAAUGGCACCGGAGCAGGUGAGCAAGCAUUGACCAAGGGUGGGGUGCAUCUGACUUCCACACCCUACAUCUUCUCCACCCAAUCAAGCACAACAAUCCGCACACAAAGCGCCAAGAAGGCAACAGCUGGCAAAGCUCGCAGCACAAGCAUCCAAAUUCAUACAGGCAACCUACAUACUGUCGCUUUGAACCUUAUGGUUGCUGCCCUUAUCCUCAGUACCUUCUGAAUCAAUGCUUUACUUCGUGACCAGGAAUAGACAAUUGUUCUAGACUUUCUCGCUGAUACAAAAGAUUGUCAAAAAAAAGAAGGGUUUUAACGUUUUGGUUUUAACCUCAUAUCCUGACUGUUUAGUGCCUCGAUGGGUAUUCUCCACACACCAUGUAUUCUCUUUCUGCUUCAAACCAACCGACCAGUCUCUCUACUGAAUGUGGCUAUUGUGCGUAUUCAUAUUGAAACCCAAACUACAUGUAUGCUACAGACAAUACAGUAUUCCUGAUGUGGCCACUUGGCUGUUCUCUCUAGUAAUAUGCUUAUUCAUUGGUUUAAAUGACAUGAAACUGGAACUUCUGGAUUGUAGUCUCCUUUGAUUUUAUAGAGAAUAGAGAAUGAAACAUUCAAAGUCAGAUGACUGCAGAUCAAGUGUCAGAGAUUCUCAUUUACAAACAGUCAUUGCCAGUCUUUAAACUUUAGCAGAAUAAAGGAAAGACCUGCCAGUUGUUUUUAAAUGUUUCUAAAUAUUAGCCGUGGAUUUGUGCUAGGAUCUAGAUAGCAAGGCCGUAUAAGCUCAAGCUGGUCACUCGAGAGGAAAGAGAGGAGUAAAACAGUGACCCUGGCUGUAGAAGAUUGUGGCAUGUAUACGGAGCUGUGGGCAGUGCUUACCCCAGCAAUAAUAGGAUGUGAUAAAUAAGACCCAGGGGUCUGCUAACGGACCAAUUCCUGGGUGGUUGCUCACUCAAUACAAGAGUCAACAAGGCUGCCCAGCCACUUCCUUCUGGUGCUCUGACCAAAUGAAGGCUGACAUCAGUGAAAGCCUUCCGCCUACUCCCAAUCAGCUGAAAGCAUCAUAAAGCUCAUGCAAGCAUUUAGAACUAGGGAAUAGUUCUGUAGGAGCUUAGAGAGAAUGAGAGAAUAAGAGCACCACAUAAACUAUGAUAAACUAUGUUUAUCUGUACAGUAUGUUUGACGGGCAUUUUGAUAAAGGCUAAAAAGUCAGGCUAAAAAAUAUAUAUAUUUUCCAUUGGCU